AUGUCCGCUCCGUCCCGACGACCCAAAGGGCGGCCUCCCGGAAGGCGCCGCCUUCGAAAUCGCCCCCGAAACCGGAGAGCGUCUGAUUCAGGUUCCCCGGGUACUCUGAGGAUCGGAGUGGCGACUUCCGAUAACGGGCCGCCCGCAGCCUCGGGAGCGCGCGGAGAACCGAGCCUGGCCGCGAGAACGGAGGACGCACUCGAACGCGCGGCGGCAAUCAACCGCCGAGUCCAGGCGUUCCUGCAUCUCGACCGCGAGGGCGCGCUCGCCACCGCCAGGGCGCUCGAUCGGCAGUCGCCGGAUUGCCGGGGCCCGCUGUUCGGACUUCCGGUGGCGGUGAAGGACAACAUCGCCGUCCGGGGACUGCCUUCGACUUCCGGUUCCGCCCUGCUUCGCGACUACCGCGCGCCCUACGAUGCCACCGUCGUCACGCGCCUCCGGCAGGCGGGCGCGAUCAUCCUCGGCACCGCGAACCUCGACGAGUUCGGAAUGGGCUCCUCGACCACCAGGGGCUUCCGGGGCCCCACGCGGAAUCCGGUAGAUCCCACCCGGAUCACCGGCGGUUCGUCCGGCGGCCCGGCAGCGGCGGUCGCCGCGGGUGCGGUCCCGGCGGCGCUCGGAACCGAUACCGGCGGCUCCGUGCGCCAGCCGGCCGCGCAUUGCGGCAUCUUCGCCAUCCGUCCCACCUACGGCCGAGUUUCCCGCUACGGCAUCACCGCGUACGCCUCGUCGUUCGACCAGGUCGGCUGCCUCGCCACCGAUUUGCGCGUCUUGGGACACGUCCUUUCCCAAAUCGCCGGCGGCGAUCCCCGAGACGCGACGAGCGUGUCCCGGAAGGUUCCCGACUUCGCGGCCGCCGCGGCCCGACCCGAACUGCCCCGCCGGAUCGUCACGGUGGGCGAUGCCGACCUCGAGGUGCUCGACGCUCCCUCGCAGAGGGCGUUUCACGCGGCGGUGGGCCGAUUCGAGGAGGCCGGCUGCGAGAUCCGGCGCAUCGGGUUGCCCAACCCCGAGAGCAGCGUCGCCGCCUACUACCUCCUGGCCUGCGCCGAAGCGAGUUCCAAUCUGUCACGGUUCGACGGCAUCCGCUACGGCCACCGCAGAGCAGGCCAGGAAUCCCUGCCGACCACGUUUCGGGAGAGCCGCACCCAGGGUUUCGGGACCGAGGUGCGCCGGCGCAUCCUGCUCGGGACCACCGUCUUGUCCCGAGGCUACCGGGACGCCAUCUACGGAGCGGCGACCGAAGCGCGCCGACAGAUCACCGCGCGCGUGCUCUCCGCCUUCGACCACGGGGCACUGCUCCUGCUCCCGAUCACGAAGGUCCCCCCUCGCCAUCUCGCCGAUCCGGUGCCCGCCACCGCCGACUACGAUGGAGACCGGUUCACGAUUCUCGCCGCCCUCGCGGGAGUGCCGGCGAUCGCUGUCCCGGCGGGCGAGCGGAGCGGCCUCCCGUUCGGAGUCGAACUGAUGGCCCCUCCCUGGAACGAGGCCGCGCUCUUCUCCGCGGCCGCCGCGUUCAGCGCGAUCCCGAGCGCCGCGGCCCGGCGGUCCAGGAGUCCCAGCCCCGGGGCGGCAGGGGUUCGGUGA